AUGCCGGUUACCAGGUCACAGAAGGAUGCCCCCUCACGUCCCAGGUCCCGUCCCUCAGAUAAGGACGCGACAGGUGAAAUGUCAGGAUCAGAAAGGGUCACGUCUGCGUCAGCAUCAUCAGGAACAGCAACUACGUCAGAUUCUUCAGGCACUACGACCACAGAGGAUACCACAACGACAGAGACCACAGUUGCAACUGCCACAACUGCCACCACGGCGGCAUCCAAGGAUGAAACCACACAGAAGGAGACGACCAAGAAGACACCAGAGGAUAUUCCAGACAAGGGCAUUCAUGGCUCUGCCAAAACUCUUAAGCCAAAGAGGGUCAGUCGUCGCGCCAGGUCUACGAAGACCACGAGCUCCUCAGCCAGGAGACGGGAGCUGGAAGCCAGAGAAGAAUUAGCCCGCAUGGUGCUAAAGCAAGCUCAAGCUGCGGCGAAGCUAGCACGCAUCAGACUAGAGCUGGCACAAUGUGAAGAUGAGGACUCCGUGGAUGAAGACCAGGAAGACAGAACAGAACAGGUGCAGAACUGGAUCGAGACAUCAGUAAUGGAAGAAAACAACAUGGGAAAACACGAGCAACGAGCAACAGAAGAGGGCGAGUUCUCCGACCUGACGAUGGUCUCCAAGUUCCUGAACAGCGAAGCAGACGAAUGUGGAGCCUUCGCGACCUCAGAAGAGAAGAGCGGGUUCAGAAGAACUCAUCGACAAGCGACGCAUUCUACGAGGGAAAAGGACUUUAAAGAAAAAGAUACAAGACAGUCAACAGAAAAGACUUGUCCUAUGUGCCAAGGUAGACACUUCCUCGUCGACUGCCAGAAGUUCCAGAAGACGUCAGUACAAGAUCGAUGGGCAACAGUAAAAAAAAGUCACGUUUGCUUCAAAUGUCUCCAAGGAAAACAUCGAAAGGAGAGCUGCAAGAAACCACCAUGUAAGGAAUGCAAGAGGUGGCAUCAUCAUUUGCUUCACGUCGAAUCAGAAAAUAGGAUCUCGGGAGAGAAGAAGGCGGAAACACAAGAAGAAGUAGCAAGCGUCAUGACAUUAGUGAAUGCAGUCAACAACGCAAGGGCAUACCUGAAGAUAGUUCCAGUAGAAGUCUUCGGGUCAAAAGGAUCCAAAAGAAUAUUGGCCCUCAUGGAUGAAAGGUGGCAGAAGAAGGAAGAGCACUCGCCAUCCUAG